CAAUGUAAAAAAGACAGUAAGUAUGUCAUUCGCAUUUUAAAAAAUUAAAUUUUUAAAUACCAGAUUUUACCUUUUCUAUUAAAAUUUCUGAGAUGUAAUCAUAACAUUUAAAAAAAAACCUACAAAUGGCUUAUCGGCCAGAAUUGUCGACAGCAUCGCUUAUAAAAUUAACGUCUUUUUUAUGCUGGAGUUGGUCCUAUGUUUAUUGCGCGGCAAAAGUACCAGGAAAGAGCCCCGAGUGGUACUCUAGGGCAGUGACCCUUCUGCAUGGCAGCGUAGCAACUGCAGCAGGGCUCUGGCAAUGCGGCGUAUUUAGUCUAACCCGAAAACGGCUUACCAGUAAAAUAACCACGGCGCGUUACGCUGUGAUGGUUUGGUCAUGGGGUUAUUUUGCAUUUGACCUGCUUUGGUGUAUAAUAUAUUGGACUGAUAGUUAUGUAAUGCUGGUACACCAUAUUAGUGCUUUGAUAGCUAUAAAUAUAUACAUGGGCAAAGACAACACUGGCUGUACUUUUGCCUGUACAUUGGCAUUAAUGGAAAUUACAAAUCCCCUGCUACAAAGUAGAUGGUUCUUACGAUCUGAAGGAUAUGAAGGAACUCUAAUAUAUUAUGCAGUGGAAAUAGUAUAUUUAAUUCUAUUUAUUGGCCUCCGUGGCAUAUUUGGGACAUAUUUGACAUACAAAAUAUUGCAUUCAGAUAUGUUUGACAUGGAUGAGAAAUUAAUUUCACUUGUCUUCUACAUAGUAUCCCUUAUCUUCAUUUCAGAAAUUAUAGGCUAUGUUGCCUACAAAUAUAAGACAAAAAUUGAAGAAUUCAAGGGAUUUCUUAAUGAAGUUGGCUAUAUUUUAAAUGGACACUGGUGAAAAUUCAAAAUAGCUCUAUUAAAUGCAUGUAUAUAAUAGUUA